AUGAAGGGACUAGCAGUGGAUUUUUCUUUUGUGCUUUUUCUCAUUGUGGACUUGGGUCUUGGCCUUGCAGCACAGUCCUUGUCCAGGAUCCACCCUGAUGCACAGCUCCAUGGAAUUAGCAGCGGUUCUAGACAUACUGAGCACCGGCCACACUCACAGAGGCUGCCUCUCUACAUGAUGCAGCUCUACCGGACUAUGCUGACCGAAGACCGGGCUAGGUCUACAGCUUCCAGCAUGAGACACGCCAAGGCAGAGGACAGCACCGGUCUGCAUGACUCUGACUCAGUAGUCAGCCUUGUCGCAAAAAGUAAGUAUAACCAUGUUCUCUAUUUUUGUAGGCCUGUAUAAUGUCUGAGAUUUAGAUUUAAGACACACCUUUGAGUGAAGGCACAGCAUGUUUCUUUUGUCAUGAAAUGUGGGUGAUUUAAUUCUGACUGCUCAACUUAAUCUAAUCAUCAAAUCGAAUUUUGAGUAUCCACUGGCUUUCACUCUUUCUGCGAUGUACAUUUUGGAAAUGUGAAAUCAAAUAAUGUUUCUUCUACAAACAAUUCAUGCUAACUCAUUUUCCUUACUGUUGUACCUUACAGGCUGUCAGCAGAUUGGCAAGAGGUGGUCUGUUACCUUUGACAUGUCUUCCAUGUCUACAACUGACAUCAUCCAACUGGCUGAACUCCGCAUCCGCCUUCCUUCCUUCACAAAGUCUUCCCAGGCCUCAGUGGACAUCUUCCACUCCCACAGGGAUGGGUGUUCUGGCAUGCACUGUCCAGAGGACAGGCUGUUCCUCGGACGCCUGAGGGCUCACCCUGGCUUGAUGGACUCUCCAUCCUCCUGGAAAGUGUUCAACAUGACGGAGAUGCUCCGUCACUGGCUGCAGCGGGGACACUCUGUCCAGGAGAUGGAGCAGGAGGAGGGGGAAGUAGAGGAUGAAGAGCUGGAGCAGGAAGGAGUCCAACACCCUACAGCUGACCGGGUGAUGAUGGUGGUUUUUUCAAGGCAGAACCCGAAUGCUCAGCGCACACUCAUUCGCACAGCAGAGCACUCCAAGUACGUCAGCUUGGACAAGGAGCGGGUGAAGGCCAGUUCUGGUUCCAGGCGAGGAAGACGGAGAGCCAAGAGGCACCACCAUGUCCAGCAUCAGAAAAAAAGGGUGGUUGUGACUGCUGAAAAGGCCUCAGUGGAGGAGAAGAAGGGUCCUCUCUGCAGGAAGGUGGAUAUGUGGGUGGACUUUGAGAAGCUUGGCUGGAAUGAUUGGAUUGUCUAUCCAAAGCGGUAUAACGCUUAUCGCUGUGAAGGAAGCUGUCCCACACCAGUGGAUGAGACCUUCACUCCAACUAACCAUGCAUACAUGCAGGUAAGGCUGAAAUUUAUAAAUAAACUUUUAUGUUCAGAAACUUAUGUGGACCCAUAUUAACUCUCUGUAAAAUCAAGUGUUCUAAUCAACCCUUUCUUUCUCUUUCCUUCUCAGAGCCUACUGAAACUUCACCACCCAAACAAAGUGCCCUGUGUCUCCUGUGUGCCAACACGCUUGGCUCCACUCUCCAUGUUGUACUACGAGAGCGGGAAGAUGGUCAUGAGACAUCAUGAGAACAUGGUGGUGGAAGAGUGUGGCUGCCACUAA